GGCUGGGGAGGACGGUGCAGGCGAGGUCCGGGGCGACGAAGACUGGGGGCCGGAUGAGGAUGAGGAAGAUGACGAGGGUUGUGUGGAGGUGGAACGGGGUUUCAGAGCCGCGGGGGCUCUUGGAGCAGCCGCAGCCACAGCAGCAGCGGCAGCAGCGGGGAGCGCGGGACACCAGCAUGACGCAACGCGGUUGCAACCACGACAGCAGGGCACCGACCCGCCGGGUCACCUAGCGCCUGCCGUACAGCCGCCGCUUCCACCACCACCACCGCCGCCGCCACAGCAGCCGCCUCCUGGCCCCGGACACGGCCCAGGCGUGAAGCCGCCUGCACGGCCCCCGCAGCAGCACCAGCAGCAGCACCAGCCCGCAGUGACCCAUACGCAGCCGCAAGGCGGCGGACAGCGGGCGGGGCCGCAGGGACCGCGGGUGCAGCCCCCGCCGGAUGUGGUGGACUUGACGGGGGAUGAUGAAUGAGUGAGUGAGUGAGUGAGUGAGGUGCGCAGCAGGGAAGCAUUGACCGCGUCUUGCUUUUGUGGGCACGCAGCGCGUAAGGUGUAUUGGUAGGACAGCGGAUUGGGGCUGUGCGUUAGGCAGGACGGUAAUGGGAUGGCAGGCAUUGGAGCUGGUACGGUACCCGUUGGACAAAUGAGGCCUUGCAACCUGGUAACAGUUGCAAAGCACCGGAUUUGUGGACUCGCCGAUGGCUUACCGGUGUAUGCGACGAGGGUGGGGCGAAGGGAGCUGCACAGAGUGAAGGGUUUGUGCGGUCCUGUUGACUGCUCGGUUGCCUGGAAGGAAUGUAGCGUGUUUUUCGCGCGUAGUUGUUUAUAAAACAUUAUAUGCUGAGGGCAGAUGUACUUAAUCAAGGCCUGGAAGGCCGUGGCUGCCGGCCCGGCAAACAUGUACGCUUGCCAAGUUAGUACCAGGGCCGGUUAUGACGCGCUGAGUGACGCUACUCGGUUAUGUCGGCCAAUCCUUCGGUUGGCCGUUGGUAGCUCGGCCGUUGCAGUUAUAGCAUCACCGGUAUAGCAUACUAGGCGCUUUCUCGCAAAACCUCGACAACUCCAUGUUUCAUCGGUUGGGGUUUCUCCCUGUCAGGGUGGACGUACAGCUCGGUAUACCGGUACCUCUUAACAUCUGGAGGUUGUGGGUGUUUUGGACUGGGCGCUAGGCCCGUCAACAGAAGCGGUAUGCGGGCUGUUUGCGCAUGGGUUAAACAGGUAGGCGUUGACGUGGAAUGCAUGGAGCCCUGGUUGUCGGGCUGCGAUUCAGCUGUACUUAGGCGGAGUAAGGAUGCAGUCUUAGCUCGCAGCGACGUUGGAGGGCCAGUAUAGGGUUGUAGUGUGGGAUUCAGGCCAGGAAUAAGACGUUGAUAUCGUGUUACUGCGUAGGAGUUACGACCGUACAGCAGUGUAUGGUGCCGUACUCGAUGAACGCUCGAAUGGGAGUUUAUACCCACAUUCCCCAAGUAUAAAGCGCUUGGAAUCUGGGUACAUGGCAGCUGGCAAAUUUAUUCUGUUCGUGUAUCGUGGAUGGACGCUGCCGUGACUCUAUCUGUGGGGCAAGUACGGCAAGACCCAUGAGUGGUUGGACGUACCAUUGUUGCAAUCAUGAUAUGGUGCAUUCAUGGCUUUUUUAUUUUCUAUAUCGGCCACAUUGAUGUUGGAACGAGCUUAACCUAAACUUUAAACAGCACACAGCAAUGCAAGGACAAGUCAAUAGCUCAUAACGGUGGCUCUGAGGCGAUGCCGAAGGAAAGCAUUACUUCCUUACUGAAGUCAAGAGAGUUAGGUCAGUCCCCUGCAGGAAAGCCGUUCCACCGGGGGGGUCACCGCGCGUUCAGCCGUUGGGCUGAAGCCGACUUCUUGCGACACGCUUCUUCCGAGUAUGUGGACUUUCAGCCUUCCCCUCGUUCCUCAAUUGCUGCGGCGUUUAGCCCAGAUGGAAGAUACCUGGCGUCGACACACGGAGAUCAUACAGUAAAAGUUACUGAAGUUGCGACCGGCAAAGUUAUUAUCUCACUUGCGGGCCACCGACGAACGCCAUGGGUGGUUCGUUUCAACCCUGCGGAUUCCGAUAUCAUGGCCAGUGGCUCCCUGGACUUCACGGCUAUUGUCUGGCAAAUCAGCACUGGACGAAUGCUCUACAAAUGCGACUUCGGCAAGCCCAUCGCCUCCCUUGCCUUCGACCCUUCCGGCACUGUGCUGGUGGUGUCCGCUGGUCACAAGGUGUUCAGCUGGCAGUUUGCACGCAUGGCUGCCCCCGUCAAGAUCCUGAAGACGCGCCGCUCCCUGCGCGCACUGCACUUCCACCCCACCGCGCCGCACAUCCUGCUCACGGCAGAGGUACUAGAGCGGCGGGCGGCGGGGGGGGAGGGCGCCGCUGCAAACCCAGCCCAGCAACAACAACAGCAGCAGCAGGCGCUACAGCAGCAGCAGUGGGGGCAGCAGCAUGGGUCGUUGCAUGCAGGCGGAGGACCCGCAGGAGCGCGCGACCCACAUAACGCUCAUCUGCACCACCAUCAGCAACAGCAGCAGCAGUUCGGGGGCGGUGCGGGGCUAGCCGGAGGAGCAGCUGCAGAAGGGGGGCCUGUAUGGGACCCGGAGCUUGAAACACAGGAAGCCGUAGCCGACCUAGCGGCGUUCCUCACUGCGCAUAACAAUGGGGCUCCCCAGCUCCAAUUGCAGCAGCUGCAGUUGCAGCAGCAGCCACCGCCCCUGCCGCCCCUGCCGCCGGGGGGCCUCCCUCCUCAUGCGCCGCCACCGCUGCAACAGCGACAAGGGGACAGCAGAGUGGGGCCGCCGUCGGCAGCAGGCCAGCCCGCAUGGCCCUUGGGUCUCCUGAGGAACCUGCUGACUGGCGUGACGGGAGUCUUCUCAGCCGCUGCUGCCGGCGGAGGCGCCGCCGCCGCCGCCACGGGCGCUCACCACUCGGCCGCCGCCCCCGCCGCCGCGACGGCGGCCCUCGGUCUUCGCUGGAGUGAAGGCAGCGGCCCCGGCCAUGCUGCCGCCGGCGGCCCCAGACCCGCCGCCGCCACCGCUGCUGGCGUCCCUGCUGCCGCCGCCGCUGGCGGCGGCGGCGCAUUCGCCGACAGCGACGGCGGCGCACCGUCUGUCAACCCGGGCGGCUGGGGCACCUCGCAGUCGCUUCCGGGGAAUGACGUCAUGCUCGCAAUGAGGGCAGCCGGCGGCCACAUCAACGUCAUCGCGCCGGCAGAUGUCGUACGGCAUCAGAGCCUUGGCGGCGGGGUCAGGCAUGCGAUACCGCUGGUGACGCCGGCGGCAGCGCAGCCGCCGCCAUCACCGCCGCUGGUGAUGCCGGCGGUGGCGGCACACCGAGUGGCGCACCGAGCUGCUCGCGGCGGGGCGCCGUCGGCCGCCGGCAUGCUCGACGGCGGCGCCGCUGCUGGCGGCCGUACCCUAGAUGCUGCUGGUGCUGGGGCCAGCGGGUCCGUCUUCGACCCCUAUGAUGUUGUGUGGGGCUGGGACCAUUCGCCGCGCUUGUCAGAAAGAGACGUGGAGCGGGUACGGCAGAGCGCGUUGCGGGCGCUGCAGCCCGGCUCGCUAGCCUCCUCCGCCGCGCCCAGCGACACCGCCUGCAUCGUGACGGUGCGACUGUGGGAGUUCAGCGACCCGGGUCGGGAGCUGCGGCGGGAGCUGCUGGUGCUGCCGAGGGUGGCGCUGUGCAGUGAGAUGGGCAUCCACUUCAGCUCCUGCGGCCGCUUCCUGGUGUGCUGCGCGGCGCGGGACACACCCAGCGAGGCGUGCUUGCGGUGGCAGGCGACCCAGAUGGCUGCUGCGCAGGCUGCUGCAGCGGAGGCCGCUGCUGCCACCCGGACACACGCCCGACCUCGUGCCACACACUCGGGCGGCUGCGGCUGCGAGGGAGGUGACGGAGGAGAAGGUGCGGGAGAUGAGGGAGGCGGCGGUGGUGAGAUGGAUGAUGGCGCCUUGGCCGACCAGGAGGGGGAGGAGGGCUUGGAGGGCGGAG